AAAAGUGCAGAAUGUGGGUUGUUUAUCUAGGACAAAGCCUAAACAGAAAAAAAACGCAGGCUGCUGCUGCAUUCACUCAGUUGUGCGUUUUGAAAAAUUUCCCUCCCGACUACACGUCCGCUGCAGUGUCCCACAGUAUCAACAGAGCUCGUCAUGGCGCUCGGACGCAGGAACUCGCUUCUCCUGUUUUUCUUUGCUUUCUUCUCAGUUUAAUCUAACCUUUAAUCUAAACCUUAAUUUAAACCUUUUGCUGUUUCGACCGAACGACUCAAUAGCGAUGACCUGUCCUUUGCUGUGAUUUACGGACCUGGAUAUGUAAACUUGUGUCCAACUGCGCGAUCAAGAUUUCAGGAUCCCUUUUCCAGAGCGAAUUCCCUACUUUGAGGAACUCGGGAAAGAAACUGUUCUGGAAGAAGAAGAGGAGGAGUGUGAAGGGGCCCUUAUUUAAGUGAAUGCUAGAGAUAUGAUCAUGACUGCGGCAUGGGAGUGACGUGACAGCAGGAUUGGCCUUUCCCUCCAAACAACCUUAUAUCCACACUCCCACACCAUGUGCUUCUCUCUUCGGAGAGACAAAACUGACUGAAUGAACGACUACACUGAGAAAGAUUGUGUGAGUGUGAAAAUGGAUGAGUCUGCGCUCCUGGACCUGUUAGAGUGUCCGGUCUGCUUGGAGCGACUGGAUGCCACGGCAAAGGUUUUGCCGUGCCAGCAUACGUUUUGUCGGCGAUGCCUGCUUGGAAUUGUGGGGUCGCGUGGGGAACUGCGCUGCCCGGAAUGCCGCACGCUAGUGGAGAGUGGCGUGGAUGAGUUGCCUAGCAACAUCCUCCUGGUACGGCUACUGGACGGCAUCAAGCAGAGGCCGAGGAGGACGGGAAGCAUGCAUGGCACGUGUACUAAUGGAUCAGCAGCGGCGGGGGUCAGAGCACAGGGUGCCGGAGUUGGCCAGAGGGAUCCAGGUCCCACAGGGGCACAGAGGGUCCAGGCCAAGAGCACUCCAGUUAGGGUAAGUUCAGAUGGUUUUGUUGGACUCAAACAGUCCCACAUGCCAGACAGAUCUCAAACAGUUAACUUGCUUUUACAUUCAUAAAAACUUAAAUGAAUG